UUUUUUGCUCGGGGUUGGGUUGGUUUGGAAUUCCCAGAGGAUGGCAGCUGUCUAAAGGAAGGAGCUGCGCCGAUCAACGCAAGGCUCUGAACCAUGGUCCGGUUCAAGGAUUCUAUAUAAAGAUGGAUGGCCGAGAAUUCAUGAACAUGCCCCCCUUAGGGCUGCCAGGCCUGCCACUGGAGCCCGGCCGUGUUUCCUCUGGAGCAGCUGGUGGGCGCCUUAUUCCAUCAACAGGCCAAUUGCCGCCAUUUUGCACAGCAAAGUAUUUCCCCACACCUCUCGGUUUACACUCGCAGCCAGGCUAUCCCCACCUCGGAAGAACUGUGUACCAUUCCUACAUUCCUCUAAGUCACCUGGAAUCCUCUACAGGUGGUAGCCCUCUACUGACUCAUAUGGGGCCACGGAAUCAUCUGAUUGAUCCUCCAAAAGAUGGGUUUUGCUUCUCUGCUCCAAUGUCAACAUAUCAUCCACGGGCAUCCAUGGGGAAGACUUCCACAAACCAGACACAGAGUUCCCGUUUGAAUGAGAGCGAUGCUUUGUGUCACUCCUACAAGAAUUCAAGAGAGGCUUCCAAAGACUCUAAGGAGAGGUUUUACAGAAAUGAACUGUUAUGCAACUCUCAGCUGAUGGGCACAUCAAAAAAGGAUGGCCGGCUAUCUGAGGAGGCACUUCCUGGUGAAAUGGCUGAUUAUGAUUCAGAGACUAAAGUGGAAAAAGAGCGGAAGAAAAGUGGUCUUCCUAGGGUGCCUAAGAUUGGGGACCAUGUUUCUUCAUUCAUUUCUGAUCAAGCUCGGAUCCAUUGGUCAGGAAGCAGUGAAAAGUCUUCACACACUCUUCCGACUUCUCUAAGUAGUUGUAAUCAUGGCAGUGAUUCAUUUGUUAAAACACUUAGCUCUGAGGAUGACAGAUGUGUCAGAGAUGCAAGCAGGCAUGAUGAAAACGUAAGGACUUUGUUACCUGCAAAUUUAAGUCGAGCAAAACGUAGUGACUCUGCUGUGACACCAGCUAAGACUUUAAAUGUGUUGUGCAGCUGCUCUUCAUUACAUCCCUCAAAUUUGUUAUGUAAAAUAGGCUCCUCUUCCCCAGUGCCUGCACAGCCUCUCCACACUUCCAUGUACAACAUCAAACUACACAACAAGGACAGUGAUAAGAUAAAGACUAUAGUAGCACCAACUUGUGAACCUCGUUAUGAGGUAUUGAAGGAACAGAAUAAUUCUUCACCAGUUGGCUACCAAAUCCAUGACUUUAAGGGAAAAGAAGUUGGCAAGCUGGAUGAAAAGGCGGAAUUCUCAUAUUCAAAUUUUCUCCAGGACGUUUCUAACAAUGAACCUAAAAGGGUGGAGGUAUUUAGGGAGAAGGGGUCUGUAAUUUGCUGUAACUCCUCCGUAAAAAGCCAUGGUGUAUCGGAUUCCUUAAUAGACACUCCCACAUUUAACUCUUUACAAAAAACAUUCGUAUCUGCCAAGGAUGCUGGUGCUACCUACUGCAGGCAAGGUGACCAUUCUAAAGAAAAAUGCAAGAUUUCUGGGUUUUUAGAUUCUCAUCAGCACACAGGACAUUCCGUUGCCAACAUCCCAGAACAAAAAGCAAAACAUUUAGAAAUCAGUGAUAUGUCUUCACAAAGGGAUGGUUCACCAGCACAACAUUUCACAAGUCAUGGAAAAGAGGAAGCAAAGAAACUGUGUACAGAAACAAAGACUUUGGGUUCCAACAAAGCCCUUUCUGAUUUCUCUUAUCCGUCGAGUCACUCUGAGGGCUGUGCCAUGCAGAGCCUUAUUAAAUACAGUGGGAACUUUGAGAAAGAGGCAGCUUUUUGGAAAAGUAGCGACAAAAAAAGCCCCUUUGGGGGACUUGGAAGCAUGAAGUUGAAUGAGUCUCAAGGAAAAACUGCAAAGGGGCAAAGUGUGUCCCAUCAAGAUGUUAAGAGAGACCCAGAUAGACCUGGAAGUACUAAAUCAUUUACAAAGGAUACAGUGGGUUUCCAAGGAGAAGUAGAAGUGCGUAAUCCACCUGUAGGAAUUGCCGUGGCUGUUGCCCGACAGAAGGACAAUAAUGGAAAUAAAUCUGUCUCAUCUAAAGGACAUGCCAGUGACGAGAAUGGGGAUGAGCAGAUUAGAAACUGCAAUGAAAGAGUUCGAAUGGAAAGAAUGGACAGGGAACAUGCAGCAUUGCUUCGAGAAAACAAAGAUCUUCCAGACAUUUCCCAAAUGCAUCCAGCGGGAUGUGCAGCUAUUGGUCUGAGCUCUAAUCUGAUGGUAACGGGAGGUCCAGCACUUUCAGGGCCUUGGACUUCUUCUGAUUCUACCUCACACUUGACAGCUCAUCCAUGGCUUUCCAGUGGAAUCUUGCCUUGUAUGUGGCAUGCUGACAACCCCUAUGGUUUGGCCCACCCUACUCUUCAUCAAGGAAUAAAUCCAGCAGUUCCUCCUGGGGUGCCUGCAUCUUUUCCUUCUGCUUACAGCUUUGCAAGAGAUCCACAGAACGGACAGAUUGUGGUGAUUCCUGCUGAACAUUUAUCAAAUUUUGCAGAAAUAUUGGACCGAACAUCAUCCCUCUGGCCUUCUAUGUAUUCUUCACCACAUAGUUCACUGCAGCAUGCACAUCAUCUACAGCUCUUUUCUCAACACCAGCUUAUGCGACAACAUGAACUAUACAUGCUGCUGCAACAGCAGGCAGUUCACUCUAUAGAUCUACACAGAAGUGCUCAGCUGGAAACUCUGGAAUCACACAGAAAUGAACAAGUAGAUACUAUAGAAUUACAGAGAAAUACGCAACUAGAUAUGCUAGAAAUGCAGAGAAGUGCCCAAAUUGAAAUGAAAGCACUGCAUAGGAGAAAUCACCUUGAAUCUCAACAGUACCAUAGAAGUGAACAUUGUAUGGAGCCAGCAAAAAUAGCUGAGGAAAGAACUGUGGAGCACACAUCAGUAGCCAGACAUCCAAGCCCACUAUGCAGCUCCGGGUCGGUGCAGAAGAAAGAAAUUUCUCAGGCAUCCUCGCCAUCCUGUGUCAAAGCGUUUAAUCUCUCACCCAUUCCUCUCAAAUCAUUUCCAUUGUCAAACAAACGUGAAGAAAUGACACGGCAAAGGCAUGAUAUCCACACAUCUAAAAAUCCUGAUUUGCAUCCUGUGGUGUCUGCUAAUAUUUUGCCAACCAAAGUGGAGGAUAAUGAAGAGUUGGCAAAAGAUAUGAUUAUAAAGCAGGACUCCUCUCCAAAUGAAGAUACCACCCAAGGAUUUCCAUUCCAGUCUCUUUCACCUUCCGUGCGACCUCUGUCUUAUAUAACCUAUUCACAUGAGGUUUCGGAUGAAGAGAGUUUUGUGCCAAUUGUCAAACCACCUGAAUUAAGCACAGAGAGCUCUGAACUCUAUUUGAAUUCAAGUGAAAAAAUGGACAACACAAUUAAAGUAGAAAAUGUAUCUACUAUUAGAUGCCGAGAAAGUCUCCAAGAUGAAAGUGAAUCUUUCUCAGAGCCUGUAGAAUGUCAGAAAGGUCUUGUACAAGAAAUUAAAACUAUGGAUAUGGAAGAAGACCAUAUAUCUAGUGUGGAAAACAUAACCUCUUGCAUUUCUGAGACAAAUCUGAACACUGGAAAAGAGACUUGUUCAACUCAAACUGACUUUACUGACACAUUAAACCAAGAUGAAAAUUGUAAAAUUAAUAUGAUCAUCAUACCACAAGGUGUUUUACCGCCUCACUCAACAAUUGAGUUGAUGGAUAACAACAGUAUGGGUAUUGGUAAAGAAUAUACAGAAGAAGACACAGAUGAAAUGUUCAGUUACAGAAGUGAAAAUGUGUCUGGUGAACCUAAUGACAUAAGCUCUGCAGAUGUCAAAACUGGAGAUCCAUUGGCUGGUAUAAAUGUUCUACUUGCAGCAACAGAAAUGCCUGAGGCCAGCUCUCUGCUCCCUACAAGCACCGUAAUACUGACUCCUGACCUGACUUUAGACCGUACUUUAUUGCAUGGCAUUAUGCUACUGAGUGAAAUGGCUGAACUUGAACUUGAAAAAAGAAAACAAGUGGACAGCCUGCAAAGUUACCAUGCAAGACCAUCCCUUGAAAGUCUUUUGGCUGCUAGUACCCAAAUGUUGAUGGAGGUCCUUUCUUCCCCAGCCCUGGAUGGAUUGAAACCUGAAUCUAUCAAAUUACCCCGAGAACUAUCUCAUAAUAAAAAGUAUAGUUGGAAGCAUGAAAAAAAUAAUCCACAUUUUUCCCUCACAUCUGCUAUUGAGGUCAUGGACUCGGUAGAACUGGACUGUAGGGUAAGGCUUGCAGAGUUACAAAGGCAAUACAAAGAAAAGCAAAGGGAAUUGGCAAAGCUGCAGAGAAGGGGAGACUCAGAUGACAAGACUGAUGAAAGGACUAAGAUCAUGUCAAGGAGAGGCCCUGGGAGGCCUAAGAAAAGAAAGCAUGGAAACAGUCCUUUGUUUCUCAAAGAAGAGAGGAUGAAAAACAGCAGCAACAGAAGGUUAGAGAAACGUGUUUUGCUUUCGGAAAGCGUUAAGACUGGCAGCUUUUUCAGGAGGUCAUUGCUGAAUGUUUCGGAAGUUGAUGAAAUGGAAAAUGGAACUGGGGAUGUGAAAGGCAGGCUACAUAGUCAGGAGGAGAACGACAGAACAUCAGGUUACAUAUAUGAGUUUACAGAUCAUAAUGGAAGGAAGCAGAGAGAUGCAAGACACUUAAAGAAUAUUUCGCCCUCAGACUUCAAGCAAAUGUGCAGUAUUCACCUUUCAAGGACGUUGUCAAAAGAAGAUACGGAUACAGAUGAGGAUGAAAAUUUUUUAAGGAAUGAGUGGUCCUCCCAGUCCAGGCCACUGCAAUAUAGUAUGUGCAGUAUGCUGUCCCGAAAAAUGAGGAAUUUUGAACAUUCACCAUCUCCAGAACGGAUCUCUUCAUGCUAUAGAACUGGCAAAUAUAAGUCAGUCAGCAGAAACAAGCAGUUUCGUUUGCUCUUAAUGGAUCGAGAGGCUGGGUUAUCAUUCAGUGAUUCAACGGAGGACUCAUUUGACCAAGGGCUCCACAUAACCAGUUCUUACAGACACUGGCUUCUUAAGUCCCGAGCCCUAGAAGUGCUAAAAUCUGAUUUCAGUUCAGAAGAGGAGGAUGAUGAUUUCUUUGAUUAUGAUGGAGAGCAUUUGUCUAGUCCACACAUGGAAGAUAAUGGACUGGGUCUUCUUGCGCGAUUUGCUGCCAGUGUGGAGCCCAGCCCACUGCCACCGCUAGCAAAUAUUCAGUUGGAAGAGAAAGAAAACAAUGACGAGGAGAAACAAAGUUUUAUUGGCACAGAAUUUGAAGAUACAGAUUCGGAGUGUGAGGAUAAAAUUGACCCAAAGCCCUCAGCUACAUUAAAAUUUGCCAACUCAAGCGUAGCCAAUUCUACAGUAUCUGGAGCUUCAUCAGAAGACAAAUCUAGUCCUAACCUUUCUGAAAAAGGAAAAAUGAUAAACAAGGCAAGAAAAUAUAAAAAAUUUAAAUCCACAAAAGAUCACAGCCAAGAACUCCGGGCUGAGGUCAGCGACGAUGACCUUUGGAGCCGCCGCCGAAGUGAGCGUAUAUUUCUACAUGGUUCUGUCAGUUGUCCCUCUAUGCUUUCUGCUGUGAAUUCAAGUAAUAGUUCUGUGCCUAAAGCUAUGCGCUAUAGCAAAGUGACAAGCUCCAAAAAGGGGAAAGAACAAAAAGAAAAGAAGAAAAGAGUGAAGGAGUCUCUUUCAUCUAGUCUGUCUUCCUCUGAUGUGGGUAGCUCUCUGCCUGACAAUUUGCUUAGUGUGAGCUGCAGCCGAAAGAGCAGACUGAAGGGAAAGUCUAAAAGCUUAAAGGAAGAGAUUCAUGGGAAAUGUGGAGCUGUGAGUAAACUGAUGGAGAGCAUGGCAGCAGAGGAGGAUUUUGAACCAAGUCAGGACAGCAGUUUUUCUGAAAAUGAAAAUUUUCCUAUGCCUUUGCAUCCUGAACGACCAGUUACUCCUGCACCGCGCUCUUGCAUCAUAGACAAGGAUGAAUUGAAAGAUGGACUGCGUGUUUUGAUUCCAUUGGAUGACAAGCUGCUUUAUGCAGGCCAUGUACAAACUGUCCACUCUCCAGAUAUAUAUCGUGUGGUGGUGGAGGGUGAGAGAGGAAAUCGUCCACAUAUUUACUGCCAGGAGCAGCUGUUGCAAGAAGCUAUUAUAGAUGUAAAGCCUCCUUCUGUCCAUUUUCUAAUGGAAGGAACAAGAAUAGCGGCUUACUGGAGCCAACAAUACCGUUGUCUGUACCCAGGCACUGUUGUGCGUGGAAACUCAGACCAGGAAAAAGAUACAGACUUGGUAACAGUUGAGUUUGAUGAUGGAGAUACAGGGAAGAUACCAUUAUCUCAUAUCCGACUGUUACCUCCAGAUUAUAAAAUACAGUGUGCAGAGCCUUCACCUGCUUUAUUGGUACAGAGUACUAAAAGGAAAGUGCGUAAAAAUAGCAAGGAGAAAACUGAAGUAAAAGAAGACUGCUCCAUGGGUUGUGAAACAUUGUCCGUAACGCGAAAAACCAGGGGUCGAAAACCAAGUGUCAAAUCAGAAGACGCAACCGUUCAAGAAAAUAUAUUCAAAGAUUCCUCACGGACAGCCAAGAAGAUGGAAGAAAAGCAGCUAGAUCUGAUGCAUUCAGAUGUAGAUUUAGAAUGUCCUCAAGUACCACCAGAGAAUCCCACUGAACCAAAUGUUAGAAAGCAUCAAAAAAUUAAAAUGAACAAAAACUAUUGUUCUCGCUCAAUGUCUAAGAGCUUGGUUAGUGGGGAGCUGUACCAUGAAAUAACUGGAGUUGGAUUAAACCAAGAUGUUUUAAAAGGGAAAGUAAAAGCAAAAAGCAAACAGAAACUAGAGGAACAAAGAGAGUUUGCUUCAUUUGGCAGCAGCUAUCGUAAAAACGAAGCUCAACUACUUGUGAAGUUAGACCACGAAGGAGUUAUGUCACCUAAGACAAAAAAAACAAAAGAAGCGAUGAUGAGGCGUGAGAAUUCUAAUAAUACAACAAAAAGAGAUCGUAAGAAAGGGAUAGGUGAAUGUUAUUCUAGUGUGAGUCCCAGCAAACCGAAACAAAAGUCCUCUGGAUCAAAGCCUUGCACAGCAAAGCAGUCUUUAGUGUCUGAAGCUUUUGACCAUACAAGCAGCAACUUAAAAACUAGAUCUGGAAGCAAAAAUGGAGCUCAGAAGACUGAAAAACAGUUGGAGAGCAGUAACAGCAGCUCGGAAUCUGAGGAGGAAGAUGGGCCAAGCAAAAGACCGAACAAAAAUCAUCAUAGCUCUAGUAGCUCAAGAUCUUCAACACCUAAAUCGUCAUCAUCUACCAGCAGCAGUUCUUCAUCCUCUUCCUCGUCGUCAUCUUCUUCCUCCUCCUCUUCUUCAUCAUCUUCAUCCUCUAGUUCCAGUUCAUCAUCAUCUUUAACAGAUGAAGCAUCCUCCAGCAGCUCAGAAGAUGAUGCUGUGACUGCUUCUGUUCCUCCAGAUACUUCUCAAUUGCAGAGCUGCAAAUAUGUGAAAUCUGAAAGCACUUCUAAGACGCCUGUGCAAGUUAAGCAACAAAAGCCGGAGCAAUUGAAAAGUAGUAAAUGCAAACCAAAGAAAAGGGAAGGAAUACACCUCCCUACAACCAAGGAGCUGGCGAAAAGACAGAGACUACCCUCAGUAGAGAACAGGCCAAAAAUUGCUGCUUUUCUGCCUGCUAGACAGCUUUGGAAGUGGUUUGGAAAGCCCACUCAGAGGAGAGGAAUGAAGGGUAAGGCCCGGAAGUUAUUCUACAAGGCAAUAGUCCGUGGAAAGGAAAUUAUUCGCAUUGGGGAUUGCGCUGUGUUCUUAUCUGCUGGACGCCCAAAUCUACCCUACAUAGGAUGCAUUCAAAGCAUGUGGGAGUCCUGGGGAAAUAACAUGGUUGUGAGGGUGAAAUGGUUCUAUCAUCCAGAGGAGACUUGUCCUGCAAAAAAGCUAAAUGAUAGCAAGAAUUGGGAGCAACAAACUGGCAAAGCGAAUACAGCCAGUCUGCAGCCUUCCAUACAAAGGAAAGAUUUUAUGGAGAGGGCACUGUACCGGUCAUCUCAUGUCGAUGAAAAUGAUGUGCAGACGGUCUCCCACAAGUGCUUGGUUGUAGAGCUGGCACAGUAUGAGCAGAUGAUAAAGACAAAAAAGUACCUAGACAGUGAAGAUCUUUACUACCUUGCAGGAACUUAUGAACCGACCACAGGAAUGAUCUACAACACUGAUGGAGUCCCUGUUAUUUGUUAAAUAUACAGGAUUGCAAACUUAAGACUUUUGUUGACAAUCAUUAGUACACUUAUGUUUGAAUACAGAGCGUUGCCUGCAACCUUCUGCAAAGAAAAUUAACACUACGACGUUUCUGAAGUGGAAUUAGUGAU